GUCCCGGCGAUCACGGCAUUUCGUUACGGCGACCGCAAGUCGGGUCUAGAGCUCGGAAGCAAUCGUAAGGCGAACAUGCGAGCAAGGUCGUCGGAACCAGUUGCAAGUUGUCUAGUGCGCUAGUGCCACGUCAUUUUUCUAACGUCAUCGAGUGGGACCUCAGGCGCAUGCGCUUCUACUUGGCUGGCGGUAGGGAUGUUUAGGUGGAUGACGUUAUGGAUCGAUGCCCCGCUUUGUGCCGAGAGAGCCAUGCCGAAGUCCCCCGUCCAUCGAGGGAGGGGGUCGACUAUGGACUGUGGACGUCCGGACUUUCUCAUAUCGCGACCUUGUUCAACGCUCAUCGUCGUUUCCUUUUGACAACAACUCUCAAUCCUACCAUCCCUCAAUAGAUCAUCAUCGGAAGUAACAAGUAGACCAUAUACAUCAGCAACAAGAAUCAAAGAAUGUCGGACACUCAAGGAAAAACCAUCACCUGUAAAGCGGCUAUCGCUUGGGAAGCCGGCAAACCCCUCUCGAUCGAGGACGUCGAGGUGGCCCCACCCAAGGCUCAUGAAGUCCGGGUCAAGAUCCUUUACACGGGAAUCUGUCAUACCGAUGCUUAUACGCUGUCGGGUAAUGACCCCGAAGGAGCGUUCCCCAGUAUUUUGGGACAUGAAGGCGGUGGGAUCGUAGAGAGCGUCGGUGAGGGAGUUACAAACGUUAAAGUCGGGGAUCACGUCAUCCCGCUUUACACGGCCGAGUGCCGGGAAUGCAAGUUUUGUAAAUCCGGCAAGACCAACCUUUGUGGAGCCGUCCGGUCGACCCAAGGCCAAGGUCUCAUGCCGGACAAGACCUCGCGAUUCACCUGCAAGGGCCAACCCAUCAAGCACUUCAUGGGCACAUCGACCUUUUCCCAGUACACCGUGCUCGCCGACGUCAGCGUCGUCGCCGUGGACGAAAAGGCGCCGUUGGAAAAGGCUUGUCUGUUGGGGUGUGGGAUUACGACCGGGUAUGGAGCUAUCACCAAGUUGAACGGGAUCGAAAACUCCCAGGUGGCCAUCUUUGGUAUCGGCUGUGUCGGUCUCUCCAUCCUCCAAGGUGCCCGGGCCAAGAACUGCAGCAAGGUCAUCGCCAUCGAUACCAACUCGGGCAAGAAGGACCUCGCGCUCAAGUUUGGAGCCACCGAUUUCAUCAACCCGACCGAGUUGCCCGAGGGUACGACCAUCGUGGACAAGAUUGUCGAGAUGACCGAUGGCGGUGCGGACUUUACCUUUGACGCGACGGGCAAUGUCAAGGUGAUGAGGUCGGCUUUGGAGGCUUGUCACAAGGGUUGGGGAGAGAGCGUGGUUAUCGGGGUUGCUCCCGCCGGAGCCGAGAUCUCCACCAGGCCUUUCCAGCUCGUCACCGGUCGCGUCUGGAGAGGAUCCGCUUUCGGUGGCGUCAAGGGUCGAACCGAGUUGCCCGGGAUCGUAGGCGACUACAUGAACGGCAAGCUCUGGGUCGACGAGUUUGUCACUCACCACCGUGACCUCAAGGAGAUCAACGAGGGAUUCGACGACAUGCACUCUGGAAGCUGCAUCCGAUGUGUCGUCGACAUGACCAAGAUCUAGAUCGACGAGGAGAGGGGUCGGAAUCAAGGUUGUAUCGCUACUUGAUUG